UGAAUGACCUGCACAAGGCCUCGAAACUCUCAUGACCGGGGAUGAGUGCAUGGGAAUAGAAUUAUGGGAGAGAUUAAAAUAAGGGCGGCCACUGCAACCGCUGUUAUUAUUAUUGCUUACCACUGCUGGGUAGUGGGAUUCUCGAUUAGGCCCAGCUCAUCGUGGUGAUGAAGCUCGGAGUAAUCAAGUUGCCGUGGAGAGCAUGCCUGUUGGAAGCGAAGGCAGGCGGCCUUUGCUUGCUUGCUCGCCUUUAUCUUUGUUCCCUGCCGCUUUAAAGGCCAUCAUCCCUUUCUCUCCUCUGUUGAACCAGCCUGGGGCGCGGACAAUGGCGGAACGGAACGAGGGAAGGAAAGAGAUGCUUCUCGGGGAAGCAGGCGUUCGGUCCGGAUGAGAUCCGGAGUCGGGGCGGUGGCUUCUUGCUGCAAACUGGGAGCCAAGUGAUUUAAGUGCGCAGGGGGAUGCUUGAGUUGGUUCGAUGAGGUCUCGGAGUAAGGAUCUGGUUCUGCACAAGGAAGCAGCGAUGGCGGCGGGCGAGAAGCUCGGUUCCAAGGGCCAAGCUUGGUUUUGCACCACUGGAUUGCCGAGUGAUAUCAUAGUCGAAGUAGAUGGGAUGAGCUUCCAUCUCCACAAGUUUCCUUUGAUGGCCAAGAGUGGGAGGCUUCAGCGGCUGAUAACGGAGGCGGAAGAACACCCUAACAAAGCCGCAAGAAGAGGGCAGAGUAAGGGGGAUGACGAAGAGGAGCCACAGAAGGAGGGAGGAGGAGGAGGAGAGAUCAAAGAAGAAGAAGAAGAGGAAGAGGGUUACCAACACAUCUCGCUUGCCGACUUCCCAGGUAAUUGCGAGGCGUUCGAGACGGCCGCUAAGUUCUGCUAUGGCGUCAAGAUCGACCUCAGCGCUUGGAACGUGGCGCCCCUGCGCUGCGUGGCGGAGUACCUCGAGAUGACCGAGGAAGUCUGCGAGGAGAACCUGGUCGCCCGCACCGAGCGGUUCCUCGCCCAAUCCGUCCUCCCCAGCAUCAAGCAGUCCAUCAAGACCCUCAAAUCCUGCGAGGACGUGCUGCCCGUCGCCGAUGACCUCGGGAUCGCCCAGCGGUGUGUCGACGCCAUCGCCGCCGGUGCGUCCGUCUCCGACCCGGCCUCCCUCUUCGGCUGGCCGAUUAACGAGGGGCGCCGCGGCCGCGGCGGCGGCGGCAGCAGCAGCGAGCAGAUUCUCUGGAACGGGAUCGAGACCGGACUGCUCCGCAGGAGGAGCGGCGUCCGAUCCUCUUCCUUCGCCGCUGCCGCUAGCGCCGGUUCUUGGCUCGAGGACCUCGCGAUCUUAAGCCUCCCGAUGUACAGGCGCGUGAUCGCCGCCCUGAAGUCCCGCGACUUGAGCUCCGUCGCCAUCGAGGGAUCCCUCAUCUCCUACGCCCAACAGUCCAUCCCGGGUCUCUUCCGUUCCCGGCGGAAGCACUCCUCCGCUCCCGUAGCGUCGGAGCCGGAGCAGCGGGAGCUCCUGGAGACGGUGAUCGCGAACCUCCCGCCGGAAAAAAGCUCGGCAGCGCCGGCCGCAUCCGCCGCCGCCACCACCAAGUUCCUUUUCGGUCUCCUGCGGACUGCCCACAUCCUCCACGCCUCCGAGGCCGCGCGCGCCGCCCUCGAGCGCAAGAUCGCGUCGCAGCUGGAGCGAGCGACGCUGGACGACCUCCUGAUCCCGAGCUACUCCUACCUCUCCGAGACGCUCUAUGACGUGGACUGCGUGGAGCGGAUCCUCGCCCAUUACCUCGACGACCUGGAGGCGGAGCGAGCAGCGCUGGCCCCGGCGGAGGCGGAGGGGGAGGCGGAGGGUGGUGUGGACGUGGAGAGGAGGCGCGCCGCUUCGCUGAAGCUGGUGGGGAAGUUAGUGGACGGGUACCUGGCGGAGAUCGCGUCGGACGCGAAUCUUAAGGUGGACAAGUUCUACGGCUUGGCGGUGGCGCUCCCGGACGACGCCCGUGUCUACCACGACGGCCUCUAUAGAGCCGUCGACAUCUAUCUCAAGGCGCACCCGCGGAUGCGGGAGGAGGAGAAGGAGAGAGUUUGCGGGGUGUUGGACUGCGGGAAGCUGACGCUCGAGGCAUGCACCCACGCGGCGCAGAACGAGCGGCUGCCUCUGCGGGCGGUGGUGCAGGUGCUCUUCUUCGAGCAGCUGCAGCUGCGGCGGGUGAUAGCGGGGACACUGCUCGUGGCGGAGGGGGAGGCGGCAGUCCCGGCAGCGGCGGGCGGUGAGGGGGGCGGCGCGUGGCGGUCGGCCAUGCGGGAGAACCAGGUGCUGCGGCUGGACAUGGACAGCAUGCGGAACCGGGUGCAGGAGCUGGAGCGCGAGUGCUCCAGCAUGAAGAAGGCGUUGUCGAAGCUGGACGAGGGCGGCGAAGGCAGUGGGGCGGCGGAGGGGGACGAGGACGGCGGGAGGCGGCGGCGGAGGAGGUUCGGGUGCCGGUUCAGCACGCAGGUGUGCGACUCGCACGAGCGCAAUGUGGUCGAGUCGAGGCGUCCCGGGCGCGAACUGAGCCGGUAGUAUCCGAUCAACCCACCAAACUGUGUCCGGUACACCUUCGCUCGUGUAUAAGAAACCACCAACACAUCUUCUAAUGUCGUCUGUGCAAUUUAGGAGGGGGGCAAGUCGCAUUCCAUGGUUUACGAAGCUUAAUAAUCUUGGCAGUAA